UAGUAAAAUCUAAAAUUAAUAUCUAUAUUGAUAUAUAUAGUUUCAGUGAGUCUGUGUAAGUAUUUGCACUGAGGUUUAUUUGGAGGAGUUGAACUUUUUACAACCCAACUAUGUCACAAGGAGAUUUGUCACCUGCAGGAAAUUUGUGCUACAAGUCUUUCAAACCUCCUGAAAUUGCCUUGCGAUUCACUAAUCUUCACAUAUAAAUCACAUUGCAUGAGGCAAUCACAGAAAAAAGUGCUUUCUUCUCUUAAAUGUUAUCUAAAGGGAUAAUAAAUUGCCAUCAUAUUCCCAGACUUUUGAAAUGAGCACUUUGUCAAGAGCAAGUCAGUCAUCAGUAAUGUCCAGCUUUACAUUACCAGCGUUCCUAAAUACAUUAGAAAAAUACAUUUAUAGUUUGCUAAAGUUAAAUUUCAAACCCAGGUAGGUGUGACCCUAAGCAAAACCCUAGUGGAGUCUAGAUAAUUGGUUUGUGGAUAAGAGAUCCUCUGCCUGUACUUCACUAUGGAUACAUUUUCUUACACUCGACAAACAGAGGUGUGUUUUGUUGUGACAAUAAACCAGAGCCGUCUCCUCUUCUAUCUGAGGAAUUAGGGGUCUGAAACCUGACAAAGUUCAUUUUGCUGUUUAAUCAGCUUUUCCAUUUCCAUUGGGCAGUACAGGGUGGGUGAUUGGUGGAAGGGAGUGAGGCACUUGUGUUGUUACACAACAAGUUGGGAACAACCUGAAGACAAUGAGAGUUUUUUGAGCAUGAAAAUGUUUUGUCUAAACACAGACGGGUGGAGCGUGUUCAGAAUACCUUACAAAUGGCUUUGUGGUGAAUUAUUUGUUUAAUUAACUUCAGACGUCCCUUCCUCUUUCUAUUUGUAGCUGAAUUAUUUUCACUUUCAUUCCUGUGUAUAGCACCCACAGUCCCAUUUAAUAGCAAGCACUUUGCCCAUUACAGUUGUCUCUGUCACACUGCUCCUGUUGUGUAGCCAUGGAACAGCCGGCGCCAGAUGAUCUGCGGGAGAGGCUGCGUCGGUACAAUAUACCCAACCCUAUAGAGAAUGUCAGACACCAGUUCAACCACAUAUUUAUCAUGCUGUUUGGAAUGAUGGGACACGGCAAAAGUUCCCUUAUUAACUCCUGUAUCAGUGUGCUCAACAACCACAACUUUCAGAAUGUGACUGGGGCUGGGAAUAAGGAUUCUACAGAAACAACUGGGAGAGAGAUCCACAACCUAACACGAACUCUGAGUAUUGUCGAUAAUCGAGGUUUUAAUAUAAUUAAUGAUGAUGAACUCUCAGAGGCAAGAGCUCAACUAAGGGCCUUAAGGGAUAUGGGAGAAGUCAAAUGGGAUAACGAUUAUAAAGACACGUUACAAGUAUUUCGCAUCCAAAUGACUGCUGAUCAAACCACAUUCUUGGUUCCAGUUCUGGUUUUCAGUGCUGAAACACCUCAGAAUAGUGGAGAUAUGAAUGGUUUAUCUACAUUUGUCUCAGACGCAUUUCGCAUUACAGGAAUCCACCCAAUCCUUGUGAUCACCCACAGCAGCUCUGAAAAUCAGAGUCGUGUUAACAAGAAAUUUCGUGAUCUGGGGAUAAAUCACAGGAUCUCUCUAGAGAAUUACACAACAAACAAUACACUUCACAAUCCAGAUACUGACAAGAAAAUACUUCAGUUCUUAGACACCUGCAUGAGUGAAGCUGAGAGGGGAAUCAAGACAACUGCUGCUCGUCAGGGUCACUUCAUAAAUCAAGGGACAGAGCAGCUUCAACAUGAAUUUAAUACAUUGUUGAGCAAGAAGGAAAAGGAGAUAGAAAACCUGAAGAAAGAGCUUCAAGAGAAAAACAAAUGUUCAAUUUUAUGAGACAAUACAGUUAGAGCAAAGAGGCUAUAAUGCAUGAUAUCACAUAUAUCACUUAUGCAGGAAUUCUUAAUCUGAGUGUGGGGUCCCAUAGAGUUGGAAUCAUAGGAGGAAAUAAAAGGUAUUCUCUGGGCCUUGUUAAUAUUCCCCUUCUGUUUUUGAGCAACUGUUUCCUGGGAAUUGACCGGACCCUCUCCCUCUGUGAUUGUAAAUUACUCUCAUCAUACACUUUGGCCUUGAAUUUCUGCAAUAAAUGUGCAGAUGCUUCGUCAUAAAGUUCAUCUGUAGAUGCGUCUGACCCUUAACAAUUGGCUAGUGGGAAGUCCCUUAAACAGGCCUGGAGGAUGAUAUGAUGUGGGUUUUAAUAAAUUGUUCCUAUCCAUGG